AUGGGGAACUGUGUUGACUGCCUGAGGAAUUUCUUUUGCGGGACAAAGAACACCAACGUCCGGGCCAGUCUGCCGGCCGUCUGCUUUCUCUGGCAGCUUGCAAUGAUUGUGCUGUUUGGAAUUUUCAUCCGCUAUGAUGAGGAGUCAGACACCCACUGGGCACAGCACAAAAAGGACAACAACAUCACCAGUGACAUUGAAAAUGACUUCUAUUUCAGAUAUCCCAGCUUCCAGGACGUCCAUGUCAUGAUCUUCGUUGGCUUCGGUUUCCUUAUGACGUUCCUGAAAAAAUACAGCUUUGGUGCCGUCGGCUUCAACUUCCUGAUUGCCUCCUUUGGUUUGCAGUGGGCCCUUCUCAUGCAGGGCUGGUUCCACCACCUCGACCCAGUUACUGGACAUAUCACCAUCGGAGUUGAGAGUCUGAUCAAUGCCGACUUCUGCUGUGCCGGCACUCUGAUCGCCUACGGUGCCCUGCUGGGGAAAGUGAGCCCCGUCCAGAUGUUGCUUGUCACCUUAUUCGGCGUUACGCUGUUUGCUGUGGAGGAGUUCAUCAUCCUCACCCUCCUUCAUUGCAAAGACGCUGGAGGCUCCAUGGUCAUCCACUGCUUUGGAGGAUACUAUGGUUUGGCCAUUUCCUGGGUCCUGUACCGACCCCACCUGCACGAAAGCAAACGCCUCAAUGGAUCCGUCUACCACUCGGAUGUAUUUGCUAUGAUCGGUACGCUGUUCCUGUGGAUGUUCUGGCCCAGUUUCAACUCGGCCAUCACGGACCACGGAGACGGGCAGCACAGAGCCGCCAUCAACACUUACCUCGCCCUCGCCUCCUCUGUGCUCACCACGGUGGCCAUUUCCAGCCUGUCUGACAAGAGAGGCAAACUAGACAUGGUCCAUAUCCAGAAUGCCACUCUGGCUGGUGGUGUUGCCAUGGGGACAGCGGCAGAGUUCAUGAUCACUCCUUAUGGUUCACUCAUCGUGGGUUUCUGCUGCGGCAUUAUCUCCACAUUCGGCUACCUGUUUGUUACGCCCUUUUUAGAGAAAUAUCUGAAACUCCAGGAUACAUGUGGCGUCCACAACCUGCACGCUGUGCCAGGGAUGCUGGGCGGCUUCAUAGGGGCCAUCGUUGCUGCAUUUGCCAGUGAGGCUAUCUAUAGCAAAGAGGGGUUGAUCAGCACAUUUGACUUUGUAGGCGAUUUUGCAGACAGGACUCCUGCGACACAGGGAGGCUACCAGGCGGCUGGCACAUGUGUAGCUAUUGCAUUUGGAAUUGUGGGAGGCGGGUGUGUUGGUCUCGUCCUGAGGUUGCCUAUCUGGGGGGAUCCCGCUGAUGACAAUUGCUUUGACGAUGAAGCAUACUGGGAGGUCCCUGAGGAGGAGGAGUCCAUCCCGCCUGUUCUCGAGUACAACAACCACAUGAUACACAAGCACCAAGACAUAUCUGAGUCAAACUUCUCCGUGGAGCAAAGUUAGAGCGGCACAGCAGGAGAUCGACCCUCUCAUGUACUCCCUUGAACUUGAUAUAACUGUGAAACAACAGAGAGAAAUGAAGGAGCAGCCCUCAACA